UACCGUAGCAUCCCCAGCAGAGGAAUGCAGAGAGACUGCAGAGGAAGCCAGCCGAGCAGCCCUCCCUCGCCCUAGAGGGAGCCUGGAACCAGCGACAGGGAACGCUUAAGCUGCUGGAGUCGAGGAAUGCAGAAAUUUGCCCAGAGGAGGAGAGGAGCCAGGAGCUGAAAACGAAAGCAGGACACCCGCAGCCGGAGGAAGUGGGUGCGCGCUGGAUUGUGGAGCAAAAGGGACGCGGCGACCCUUCACUUUAUCCUUCUCUGGAAAGCUUCUCCCUCGUGGAGGUUGCCCCGGCGGGGCAGGUCCCUUGAAAGAGGGCUGCUGAGCCAUGCUGGCAGCCCGAGAAGCAGCUGCCCUCUACCAGACGGAUUUUGUGCGCAAUGCCAGGGCGGUGGGCGCUCUCUGGGCUGGCUGCACCCUCUGCUUCGGCGUCCUGGAGGUCGUGGUCCUGAUCCAGCCGGCGUGGGUGCAGACAGCGCCGCUCACCUACCAGCUGCCCCCAUCUGGGGUCCUUUUUGACCCCAGCGUCAGCGCCGUGGGCUCCUUCGGCCUCUACCAAGUCUGCAAGGAGCGUGAUGGCACUCUCCAGUGCGAGGGGUCACUGGUCACUCUCACCCCGAUCCCAUCCUUCAAGGCAGCCGCGGUCUUUGUCCUGAUGGCCCUGGUCCUGGUGAUGGGCAGUGUUGCUUCCUUGGGCCUCUUCUGGGUCUGCAGCCCUGGGACUGUCUACAAGGUGUGUGCCUGGCAGCAGCUUUCAGCAGCAACUUGUCAGGCUCUCGGCUGCCUGGUUUUCCCAGACGGCUGGGGUGCCCCUGAAGUCAGGGCUCUUUGUGGGCCCCGGGCCAGGAGCUACACCCUGGGCGCCUGCACAAUACACUGGGCCUUUACCCUUGCCUUGCUGGGCAUAGCCGAUGCCCUGGUGCUGGCCACCCUCGCUUUCGUCUUGGGGAACCGGCAGGAUGCUCUGCUACCAGCAGGCUAUGCGCCACCCUCGGGAGGAAGAGGUGUGACUUCAGCACUGAUUCCGGACUGAUCUCGCCUCCCAACGGACAUCCUUCAGAGUUGGUCGCUCACCACAACAGAACCAUUUUCUUGCUGUGCCUAGCUGUUGCAAUAAAGAUAC